UCGGCCGCUUCCCGGCCUUCUCGGCUGGAUUCUCUCGCUUGGUUUUGGUGAGGUCCGGGAAGUAGGACGAGGAAGCGCCGACGAGGAAGCACGAGGUCCCCACACGGUCCAGCGGAGGCUACCAGGGCGGGGUCGGCCAGAGGACUUGGGAAAGGACCAGACCGGAAAUGGAGGUUUCCAUGGUAACCCCGGAGCGGGUUGCCUGGGAGACGACCCCUUUCGAUGUCUCUUGACUGUGCCGAAGCGUCACCUGCGAGGCGGAUCCGACAUCCUGCGCUGUCUUCUGCCAUGAUUCCCGGGAAAUACCGCUCGGUUUCGGGCCGGGCUGCGAACAACGUGAACUGUGGGCUUCAUCUGGUUAUUCAAGCAUCAACGCUUCCUGAGAAAAACAAAGUUGAAUUCAGGAUUAAUAGAGAAACACCAUCAUUUCCUGGUAGACUUUUACAACAUGAUCUUGAAAGAAACUACUCCAGUAGGCAAGGUAUUGUCGGUGAGUAGAGAUCAGAUGUAGUUAAUCCUUUUUGAGUAAUAUUAAUUGUUUAAUGAUGCUGAGU